CAGGAACCCAGCUGCCACCCGAGCCUGAAAAGACCCUCAGAAGACAGAAGGGCUACUUUCCCUUGCUACGGAGCUUCUGGGGGAGAGACUGUCUUCGCCUUGGUUCACAGGUUUAAAAUGGAACUCAGAGACUGUGCCCCUCACGUCCUGGUCAAGAAGAUCUGACUCACCCAGGAAGCAUUAAGAGCCUUGGAGCUGCCGCUCCGGUACAGCGCCCCCUGGUGUUCAUGGCAGCACCUGCCUGGAUGGAGACCACCGUGGGGGCUGUGGGUGAGAAUACCACGGACACUUCCACCAGCUUCCUUUCUGCACUCGAUGCCCACGGAGCUCAAACUGCUUCCUCGCCGUUCACUUUCAGCUAUGGCGACUAUGACACACCCUUGGAUGAAGAGGAGGAUGUGACCAAUUCUCAGACUUUCUUUGCCGCCAAGAUCGUCAUUGGCAUGGCUUUGGUGGGUAUCAUGCUGGUGUGUGGCAUCGGCAACUUCAUCUUCAUCAUUACCCUGGCCCGCUACAAAAAGCUUCGCAAUCUCACCAACCUGCUUAUUGCCAACCUGGCCAUCUCGGACUUCCUGGUGGCCAUUGUGUGCUGCCCCUUUGAGAUGGACUACUAUGUGGUACGGCAGCUCUCCUGGGAGCACGGCCAUGUCCUGUGUGCCUCGGUCAACUACCUGCGUACUGUCUCCCUCUACGUCUCCACUAAUGCCCUCCUGGCCAUUGCCGUUGACAGGUACCUGGCCAUAGUGCACCCACUGAGACCGCGAAUGAAGUGUCAAACAGCCGCGGGCCUCAUCUUCCUGGUGUGGUCCGUGUCCAUCCUCAUCGCCAUCCCUGCCGCCUACUUCACCACGGAGACCGUGCUGGUCAUCGUGGAGAGCCAGGAGAAGAUCUUCUGCGGCCAGAUCUGGCCAGUGGACCAGCAGCUCUACUACAAGUCCUACUUCCUCUUCAUCUUCGGCCUCGAGUUUGUGGGCCCUGUGGUCGCCAUGACCCUGUGCUAUGCUAGGGUGUCCCGGGAGCUCUGGUUCAAGGCGGUGCCGGGCUUCCAGACAGAGCAGAUCCGCCGGAGGCUGCGCUGCCGCCGCAGGACCGUUCUGGGGCUUGUGUGCGUCCUCUCGGCCUAUGUCCUAUGCUGGGCGCCCUUCUACGGCUUCACUAUUGUGCGCGACUUCUUCCCCUCCGUGUUUGUGAAGGAGAAGCACUACCUCACCGCCUUCUAUGUAGUGGAGUGCAUCGCCAUGAGCAACAGCAUGAUCAACACGCUGUGCUUCGUGACGGUCAGGAACAACACCUGCAAGUACCUCAAGAGGAUCCUGCGGCUCCAGUGGAGGGCCUCUCCCAGCGGGAGCAAAGCCAGCGCUGACCUGGACCUCAGGACCACGGGGAUGCCCGCCACUGAGGAAGUGGACUGCAUCAGACUGAAAUAAGCAAAAUGGUACCACAGCGCCUCGAUGCUCACAGCAACGAAGAACUUGUUUUUCUGCAAUGGCAGAGGAAAGAGACAACCACUUAGGUGUACUAUUCAAGGAACACCAAAGUGUAGAAUUUCUGAAAUGGAUGUCUGAGACACUGUCACCAGUGGUCAGCGUUCAUUGAAUACCUAACUUUUGCAAAGAGCAGAUACCAGUGAAAAUCAUUUAUUUGACAAAUGAACUGGGGAUUAUAGCAAGGGAAUGUGGUACCGAGUGUCUGAAGAGAGUUUCCGAAUAGAAGGCAGAGCAGGGUAGGCAGGACUCACCCGAGCCACAUGUGGUGCUAGCUCACCUCUAGCAGUACUCUUGGGUUUUCCUUCAGUCCCAGCAUUAGCAAGCCUGGAGCAAGAGUACAGAAGAGGUUCCCGCUGGGAGGGACUCAAAUGCAUGUGUGGAGAUGCCAGGACCCAUGGGCAAGUUCUGACCACCACCCCCACCAACCUACAGCCACCUCUUAGGCCUAGAGCUCUGCAUUAGACAGUGGGGGGCUUCUCUGAAGAAUGGACUUGGGGAGAAGCUGCAUGGACUCUGAGUGCCAUUUGGCUAGGGAAUUUGGAGUUCUGAGUCAUAUGGAGAGGGCAAGUCUGGGCUCAUGAGAACAUGGUUCCCUCACUUCAUGGUCUACUCACUGCAGGGGAAAGGAUGGUAAAGAGGAAGAGUCAGCUGGGACCUCCGAAAGCAUUUGUGCAGGUUAAAAGAUGUUGUGGUUCCAUCUCUCAGCCACUGUGGCCUGGACCACUUACACUUCCCCUAGAGUCUUCAUGCCUUUGUGCUUAUGGAGCAUAGAACCCUUGAAGGAAAACCUAGCACCUCACUUUCCCAUUCCUGCUUGCUCUCAAAUAUGAGGUUUCAGCCCAAGAGCCUAUUUGAUGAGGUUGCCUCACUGGUAUGAUUGGGAGAAAGAUUUCUUAGCCACUGGUGCCUGAAUCUUGGCUUGGUCAUGAUUCUGCAGAUUCAGACUUGCUGCUCCUUUAAAAUGAAGGUGACCUGGGAGAAAUCACCACAUCUCUGCUCUUCAGUGGGAAUGAAGACUUGCCUGUCAGUGGCACCCCUGGACACUCAGAAAAAGAGGUUGGCCCAACAGGCAGCUCUAGUGACCCCACAGACUUAUGAAAGUUUGGUAACUUGCCUCCUCAAUUUGGCAUUUACACUUCUAGCCUGAGAAGAUCUGAGGUCCAGCUUUGACUUUGUUGUCUACACAGACCUGAGAUGAGCCUUCUGAAGACAAAGAAACUUUUUAGAAUUGUUGUGAGAUCAAUCAAAUAAUAUGUGGAAGACACGCCUUUAACAAUUUGAAUAGAAAAUAACAACUGCCACCGCUGCCACACCACCCCGACCACCGCCACCACCACAGUGAACUUAGCAACUGUGGGUGCCUGGACAAAGGAAAACUUGUAUAUAUGCACCUUAUGUACAGAUCCAUCAGCCUCAUCAACAUCGCCCCUCAAUGUUCUUCAUGUGGAUUAUUUUCUUAUGCUUCUCAGAGCACACUGAUACAAACAGGACCACGAGCUUUUGAGGCAGAUACGUAAAGGGAGUGGUACAUGGUCUCCAGUCAGGAGUGGUAGAUUCCAGAUCAGAGCAUCCUUGUUGCCAAGUAGACUACCUUCCCACAUGUGCUCCUAGAAUCAGAUCAUCCUCACAUACCAUCAUCACACACAUGUUCCCCAUCAGCAUGAACAAUGCCUCUCAGCCUGCUUUUGUUCCAAUGAGUAUACAGAGCUGUAGAGUGGCCACGCUCUUUCCUCGGAUUUCAUUAAAGGGCAAGGCGUUAAUAAGACUGGGUGACACCCAUGUGUGUUUUCUCUCCAAAUACAGGCAACUUUAUUUUUGAUCAUAAAGGUUUUUUUUUAAAUUGUCUAUUUUCCCAGAAAACACAUUUCAAAGACCCAUUUAUUUACUUUCAUUCAGUACCCGACAGAUUUACCUUACUUUAAAUUAGAAUUCUCUCAGAGGAUAAAAAUUCAUUAAACUAAAAACCUAAAUUAAACACAGAGGGACAAAAGCCCUAUUUUUAAUUUUAAACUUUAUUACAAAAAUAUUGCAAAGACAGAAAGAAAAGAAAACUAUACACUAAGAUUAACCAGACCCAAAGACUCUUAUUUUUUAGAAGAAAACCACAUAUUACUUUAUAAAAUGGCUCAGUUAAUUUGGGGAUUUAGAAAUGCUUAGAUGGUAUAAUUGACUGGGAUUGUGUUCACUGUUCCUACUACGAGGGCUAAACGAGAGUUGACUCUGUUAAAUUGUUUUAAUCCAUAACAUGUGAACUCUUCUGCCUUUCAGCCUAAAUGUAUCAAAAUUUCACUUAUCUGACUGUCUGUAAUACUUCCAGAUCUUAGUGUUUGCUUGUGAUUUUUAUGGUGAAUGGUUGUUAUCAAAUGGAAUACCAGUAGAUGUACACAGAUGAUCACCGACUGUGCCUGUCAUUCCUCGCCCCCUCCCAUCCUUCCCCGAGCUCUAGUUUGAUGAUCUUUGAGAUAACAUCGAGUAGAUUCCGUGAUCACAGGAACUGUGAGAACAGUGCUGUCUCAUUCUGCUUUUGCCAAGAGCUCCCCAUCUCCAUCAGGAGCUAUGGCUGAUGGAUGUGCCUUCUUCCUUGAGUCUGGGCUGGUGGAGACAAGAAUACUUUUCAGCACCCGAGUACUAAGAUUUGAUGUCUGUAGUCCCAUUUAUGGCAACUUUAGGAGUAAACCUGUGAGCAGGCCCAGUGUGCACACCGGCAGGGAGAAUGAGGGAGAGACCGAAGACUCAGUGCUGCAUACAGAUUCCUGGGGCUAACAGCUCAGACAACGGGUUUCUCAAAGCCAACCAACCAACCAACCAACCAACCAACCAACCAACCCAACAAAAACCCUUACACUCAAAAAAGCGACUAGGGGUAAGCCCCAAAAGAUGACACUCAUGACCGAUAUUUCUUUUAUGUUCUCUAAAUACUUUCAGUGUUCAAAGAGAUAUGCAGAUAUCUCAAGCAGAAGGAUAUAGAUAUGAUUUUGCAAAAGCAUACCAUUUCCAUAACUAAGAGAGGUAAUACAACAUAAAGUCUUAAAUCAAAGACAUUAAAACAGGUGAUGUGGUGGUCACCACAGCAUCCUCUCAAGCAUGAAGCAAGAGCCAUGCUUGUUAUGGACAAAGAAGCUGGAGCACUUGGGAGGGGAACAGAUUAGACAUCUGACUACUGUGCUUGAAAAGCAUGAUCUUUUUUUGUAACCUGGUUGCAGAGAAGAGUCCAAUUCUCCUUCCUAGAGUGUGAGAAUAUCAGGUUUAAAACUGGAAUUCUACAGUUGUGGAAACUGAAGUGCAGUAGGUGGGUGAGAUGGCGGGGGGCUGGGGGUGAGGAGGAUGGACGUGAUGGAGCUCAAUGUGGCACAGCUGGACACUGUGAGAGCCAGUUAGACUCAAGAUUGCUGAGCCUAGCAUUCUUCUAUCACAGAAUUCCUUGGUGCAGGGUUCACAACAUCUUCGAGAGGGGAUUCUGUCCAAGAAUCCUUGAGAUGUCUCUUCAACCUGCCUGGCCUUCUCUGGAGACCCUUAAGGAGUUUAGCAGAGACAUUCCUGGCUCCUUUGCAAGCCAAGUUUUAGCUCAUUUAACCCUGGACCUCACAGCCUGUCACAGCUGCUCCAAGGCUCAGGGAGAGUGACUUAAGAGCUGUUCCUGAUGGCUCUGUUUACCUAGCUUAGCCUCAGGCCUCUAGGAAUGUAACAGAACAAAACCUGGCUUCCCUUCCCUGAGAUGCAGAACGAGCAUGACUCCAUGCUUGCCCGAAUGUCCACACCUUCAGGAUGCCGGAGUUUAGAGACUGCCCAGAGCCAGUUCAUGUCCUUCCCUGGGAGGCCAAGACUGAUAAGUUUGUGAAUGAGGCAGGAUUUGAACUUGAGGAUCGAAGCAUAGAGAAACAAAAGGGAACACUGUGUCACAGGACCAGAAACAUUUUUCUGCUUCUGAUGAGCAAAGGUUUUCCCCACAGCAUUGAAACUGUGGUCCCUGUGAGAA